CUGGGGAGGAAAACUAAUUGCUCAGGAUCAGCUCCAUGUGGAUAGCCUGCAGGGAGAAUCAACACUGAACGAAAGACCUCUUUCUUCAGGGUAGUGGCACACAUGGUGAUUUUUCAGAUCGCCACGUGUAGACUCUUUCUCAAGACCAGCUGUACCCAGGUACAGGGAGCUUCUACCUGGGUCCAGAGUAACAUAUCCCGGAGGAAAAGCAGAAUCUGCACGGCCUGGAGACAGAGAGCUGCACUGCUCAAUAUGAACAAUCAAACAUUUGCGGUUAUUCCUCACUCUGGUGGGAUGGCCAGCCACCUAAACCAGAUUUUGUUCCCUGGUACUAUCAACCAGACUCCAGAAAUGACACAUUUCAGUGGCCAACCACUUGGAACAGUCUUCCCAAGGAUCCAACUCCAUGAAGGAACCAGGCUAGCUGGGAACAUAUAUACAGGACGCAGAGGAGAACCCAAGGUGAUUGGGGCCAUACAGAUUCUGAUCGGCUUGAUUCACGUUGGCUUUGGAAGUAUCUUGCCCCAUCUCCUGGAAGUGCACAAGUCAUUCACUGUGCUCUCUGGAUAUGUGUAUUGGGGUGGGCUCUUUUUCAUAGUUUCUGGAUCUGUACUGGUGGUAACUGAGCAAAAUAAAUCACUCUGUCUGGUGAAAAUCAGCACAGGCAUGAAUAUCAUAAGUACUGUUGCUGCAACUGUGGGAAUAAUUGUUCUCAUUAUGGAUGAAGAUGUUUCUUCUGAUUAUUAUAAUGCUAGUUCCUCUUACUUAAAACAGAGAUCAGCCCAAGGGCUUUUGAAUGUACUUUUGAUCUUUGCCAUCCUGGAGUUCUUCAUUGGAAUUACGUCUUCAAGUUUUGGCUGUGAAGCAAUAUUCCAACAAAGUGAUGAGGCAACACAUGAUGCACCAGAUGGAGUCAUGACACACACAGGAGCUCUUCUACCAAUAGAUCCUCCUCCAUCUUAUGAAGCACAUACCAACCUGAGCUAUGACACUAGCCAGUUGGAAUAGAAAAACCAAGAAGAGAUUUACAAGAACAAUGACAGCAAACUCAGGUCCUCUGGAAUGCCAAAUCAAUCCAAAACAUCAGACAUAUCUCUGAAAAAUUAUUGUGUGGGUACGCAUAGCUCUGUAGAGAAAGGCCUAUGAAUACAAUAUCUGUCUCUUUAAAAUUCCACUGUACCUGGUACAAUGGCCUAACUUCCCCUUAGCACAGCAACCACCUGUCAAGAUUCAAGCAUCCUCCAGCAAGAGAUGCAUUGAGUAGUCUAAUUUUAUCCUGUUCCAGUCUUGCUGGCACCCAGUCAUAGGUCCAUGUCAUGUGGUUGUGUGGAUUUUUUAAAAGAAUGCACAAAAGAUCUGCAUUUCAAUUGAGCACAUUUUGUAUUUCUUAUGUAAAAUUCACACUUUUAACAUGGAAUACACAUUUCCUAAUGCUUUUCAACAUAAAAUGUAGAAGAUAUUGCCAUGUGUCUGCAAAUUAUUUGUGAUGAUGCCAUGACCAUCAUAUGUGGUGGGUCUCAAAAUAAAACCUGCAUGGCUCAGAAUACUGAAGGAAUAAAAUGAAUGACUAAG